AUAUCAAAUAAAACGGUAGUAAAUAACUGAAUUCACACAUUUUGCUCUGUUUGAAAUCCUACCAAAACACUCCCUCUUCUUCUUCCUCCUCCAAAUAAUUUUGGUCAUCAACAACUAUGGCAACUUCCCUCUCCACUUGUUCUUUCCCUCACAUCACUCUAAAACCUCAAUCUCCUCUCUCAAACUCUCUUCCUCACUUCAAUUUCAACACCAAACACCUGAAUAAUUCAACACAAAAACCCACAAUUUCUUUCUCAAUUUCAGCUGUUUCUACACCAAUUGCUCAGACUUCUCAACCCAAUUCUUCAUCAAACCCGUCCAAGACCCUUCCUUUCCGGGUCGGGCACGGGUUUGAUCUCCAUCGUCUCGAGCCCGGCUACCCUUUGAUUAUCGGCGGCAUUGAUAUCCCUCAUGAUAGAGGUUGCGAAGCUCAUUCUGAUGGGGAUGUGCUGCUUCAUUGUGUAGUGGAUGCAAUAUUGGGUGCAUUGGGGCUUCCGGAUAUCGGGCAGAUUUUCCCUGAUAAUGAUCCUAAGUGGAAGGGUGCUCCUUCUUCCGUUUUCAUUAAAGAAGCUGUGAGUUUUAUUACUUCUCCAAAGUGUAUUAGUGUUAGACUUAUGCACGAGGCAGGAUAUGAAAUUGGGAAUUUAGACGCGACCUUAAUUCUUCAAAGACCAAAAGUUAGCCCGCACAAGGAGGCGAUCAAAGCCAACUUAUCGGCUCUACUUGGUGCCGAUCCAACGGCUGUGAAUCUGAAAGCAAAAACUCAUGAGAAGGUUGAUAGUCUUGGAGAAAAUAGAAGUAUUGCAGCUCAUACUGUGGUUCUGUUGAUGAAGAAAUAAAGGAAUCUUUGAUUACCAGUAAUACUUGGGAAGGAAUGAGGAUCAUGUAUAGUACUUAAGCACUUCCAUUGUUUAAAUAUUAUUACUUUGGCUUUGCCGACAUUGACAAAAGUGUCUUAUGUAUUAAUGUAAUACUUAAAACAAUGUUCAUGUAUAAUGUUUUAGCUUAGUACCAUAUCAAAGCAUUAUUACUGGUUACUAAUCUUGGCCGACAAAAGGUAGGAUCAUAUGGUGAGUUAAAGCCAACUGCCCAAGAACUUUUAUUUGUAAAUGGGACACACUUUAUAACUGCCGUCUGCCGGUACAAGAAUAAUAUGAGCGAGAUUGGUAUUAAAAUCAGGAAAAUGUUCUACAGAGAUUCAGAUGAAGAAUGCAGACAUUCAGAUGAAUACGAAUUUUUGAUUUGUGAUUUUGUUA